UGGCAACGCUAGUCUUGAUUCGUUUAAUCACUGAUCUAUAAACAUUGUUCGGUUUAGCUAUAACCUUUGUUGAAGAUAAAACAUCAAUAUCUGUGAUUAAUGAAUGCUAGCCUAGAUUUAGUCUAUUGUUGUUGAUAUAGAAUGAAAAUGGUGCUAUGAUGCUAAACAGAACUUCAUUGAUGGUAUGUUACACACUGAUACCAUAUACAGUGCAGUUGUAGGCAGAACUGGAAAGGAAAAUAAUGUGAUGUCUCAGUCACAGAUUUCGUGUGGUGAUACGUGUUUUUUUUCAUUUUCAUAGAAGUUAAAUGAACUGUGUUAUUCUAGCUCGUUUAUUUUUAAGCCACACACGUCGGACUGUUAUUUGUUCAAAUUUGUUUAGCAAAAUGAGCGGAAAAACGGAUAUUGUGUUAAGCUCUUCUUGGUUUAAUAAAUAUGUUGCCGACGAAGAUAGCCCGGAAGGUGUUUUCAGAGGACUUUCGGAUAGAUUUAGUGGAAUAACUGUCGACUCAAACCGAGAAACAUGUAAAUCGGAAGAAUUCUCUGAAACUCUGCAAAGAUCGCUAUCGUAUUGGAUAACAAAAAAUAAACGUGGUAUAUGGUUCAAAGUUAACUUGAGUUGUAGUCAUUGGGUACCUGAAUUAGUGCAUAACCAGUUUAAAUUUCAUCAUGCCAAAGAUGAUUUCGUUAUGUUGUAUCGAUGGUUGCCGAAAGACGAGGAACCUAAUAUACCACCAUACGCACAUACUAUGGUCGGAGUUGGCGCUAUAGUUAUGAACAAUCAAAAUCAAAUUUUAGUCGUUAACGAGAAACAUGCGUUAAUCAAAGGUUCUUGGAAGCUACCAGGAGGGUAUGUUGAACCAGAUGAAAACUUUGUAGACGCAGCCAUCCGCGAGGUCAAUGAAGAAACAAAUAUCAAAACUAGAUUCGAGUCGUUGGUUUCUAUUCGUCAUGCACAUAGCGCCGGUUUUGGUUGUUCUGAUUUAUACAUCGUAAUGGCAUUAAUUCCUGAAAGUAUGGAAAUUAAAAAAUGUGAUCGUGAAAUAGACAAAUGUAUGUGGAUGAGCGUUGACGAUUAUUUAAUUCACCCGGAAAUACACGAAACAAAUCGGAAUUUUCUUCGUACCUAUCUCGAGUACAAGAAAAUGGGUUUAAAGAUUUCUUGCAAAAACGAAGUUCAUCAAAUUUUGAAAAAGCAAUACAAUAUUUAUUCACUUGACUGCAGUCAAAAUAAGUCGUCUACACUCUAAUAUUUGAAGAUAUAUGAAAGCAAAACAGAAGAAUAAAAUGUAAAUAAAUUUUAUCUAGACCAAAUGACUUCUGUUGUGUAUAAUAGUUUACAGCUUAGUUCUAGAAUAGAAGAUAGAAUAAGCAGAUUGUCGGAAACAACACAGGCAAAAUAAAUAAUUCUGCGAAUAAA